UCAUAUUAAUUUUGACGUUUGCUGUCAGCCAGUGUUUAUAAAUUUAUCGCAAUAUUUAGAGGAUUUUAAUAAUGUUUUGAUAAGUUUCCGCCUUCAAAUUCCUAUUUAUUACAGAGUAAUGUUUAAGGGGUUACGAGGAAUAUUGAAACUAUCCAAUCUGAAUGAGAUAAGGACUAAUUACAGUGGGGCAGUUGGCAGUAGCCGGCGUCGAGUGCGUUCAAAAAUGGACAUGGAAUUGAAAUCCCGAGAGAAUCCUGUAGUAACCAAACUGGAUUCACCGGAGUUCAAAAGUAUAUUCACCCCAGAGGUGCAAAAUCUUAAAGAAUUAUUUGAGAAAUACCAGUAUGAAAUCAGAAUUGCUGGUGGUGCAGUAAGAGAUCUGCUCUUAGGGCAAAAACCAACCGAUUUGGAUUUUGCCACCACAGCUACACCACAACAAAUGAAAGAUAUGUUUACUUCUGAGAACAUUAGAAUGAUCAAUAUGAAUGGUGAGAAACAUGGAACUAUCACCCCUAGAAUCAAUGACAAGGAGAAUUUCGAAGUUACCACUCUAAGAGUAGAUAUGGUCACUGACGGACGCCAUGCAGAAGUUGAAUUCACCACUGAUUGGAAAUUAGACGCUAAUAGAAGAGAUCUCACAGUAAACUCAAUGUUCUUAGGAUUUGAUGGAAGUGUUUAUGAUUACUUCUUUGGUUAUGAAGAUCUCCAAAAAAGAAGAGUCGCAUUUGUUGGAGAUCCUGAUGUAAGAGUGAAAGAAGACUACCUGAGAAUAUUACGGUAUUUUCGUUUUUAUGGAAAAAUUGCUGAAAAGCCAGACAACCAUGAAGGAGAUACACUGAAAGUUUUAAAAAAUAAUGUACAUGGUUUGCAAAAUAUAUCUGGGGAAAGAAUUUGGGUAGAAUUAAAGAAAACAUUACAAGGUAAAUUUGCUGGUCAUUUGUUCAAGACAAUGCUGGAUAUUGGAGUUGAACAGUAUAUAGGUUUACCAUCUAAUCCAAACAAAGAGGAAUUGGAUAGAGUGCUCAAAAGAGGGGAACAUCUAGGUUUACACCCCAUGAGUUACCUGGCAGCAUUAUUAAAAGAUAUGGAUGAAGUAACUAUUCUUUAUGCCAGGUUAAAGUUCUCAGCAUAUGAUAGAGACUUAGCAUAUUUUAUAGUGGAGCAUAGAGAAGAAGCUCACUCUGAAGAUAGGCCUCUUUUAAUAUAUGAGAAACUGGUACUGAAUACAAAAAUAAAACAACAAAAUGCAGUUCAGUAUGUUCAAGAACUUCUCAAAUAUAAAGGUGAACAAGAUCUAUUAAAGAAAUUUAUGAACUGGGAAAUACCACGAUUUCCCAUGAAUGGUCAAAUACUCAAACAAAAUGGUGUACCUCCUGGCAAAAUGUAUGGACCAAUUAUAUCCAAACUUAAAGACAUAUGGAUUAAUAAUGAAUACAAACAAACUUCAGAAGACUUGGCUAAGUUAAUACCAGGUAUAAUAGAAGAGUGUAACAAACAAAAGAAAUUAAAUGAAAGUAAAUAGAUUA